CGUCAGCAGGACACGUCAGCAGGACACGUCAGCAGGAUGCGUCAGCAGGACACGUCAGCAUUGCCACCUCAGCAGCAAGGGAUACCACAUCAGCAGGCACCGGUCUGGUCUAUGCUGUUGCGUUCACAGACAGUAGUCAUGGACCAGAAGGCCGGGGAAACAGACGAGGCCUAUCAGGCCCGCAUGUUAGCCUGGAGUACCGAGACAAAGAAGCGGGCAAAUGACGCUGCCGCAGCAGCCAAGAAAAGGGCAGAGGAUGCCGAACAGGCAUGUCUGCUGGCCGUGCAACAACAGCGCCAGCACGACGAGGCAGCAGCAAGGGCUGCUGAUGAAGAAAGAACACAGCGUCGUGAGAAGAUAUUCACCGGAGAGCGGGCRUUACUUACCAUGGCAGCAGAAUGGCGAAGCGAGGCCGAGAACAGCCAGUUGGAGGACAGCGCAAACAAGAUAGCGCUCCUCCUCUUGCAUCUCACGGAUCUCCUGGCAACCUGCAUUACACAGCAGGCGGAGAUCCUUGGUCUCGACAACUCGGUAGCUCAGCUCCAAGACCGCCUUCAGCGAUUGGAGCAGCGACCAGUUGCCGCCGCCGACGCAGGCUCUUCCAAUACUGCCGACCGCCUCACCGCAUUGGAGAUGCACGUCUGCUCCCUCCAGGAUGGCGCACAGUUACAGCAGACAGCGACGCAACAAUUGCAGCACCGGAUCUGCACUACCGCCACCACCUCGAGUCCGGAGCCCCGCGAGAAAGCUCCUAAGUUCGAUGGGCAGGAGAUCUUCCACGACUCAAUCAAGACAGAUCCGAUUCCAUGGUUUCGCAAGUUUGAGCUCACGCUGCAGCUCCACAACGUCAAGGAAAACAAGCACCAUGCUUACUUGUACUCUCGCUCAGGGGGCGCGUGUCAGGCGUGGUUGGACAACUUGUUGUCCAAGUACAGAGUGGUAGCAGCGGACUUGCACACCAUGAUCAGCUGGGAUGAUCUGAAGGCGGCGUGGCGCAAGCGGUUCCAGGUGGAGCCGCCAGAGAUCAAAGCCAUGGACAAGCUUAUGGUCUUCGAGCAAGGCUCGCUGCCGAGUACGGACUGGAUCGCCGAGUACCAACGCUUGACGUCAGUCCCAGACAUCCAKAUGGGCUUCAAGGCCAUCCGCCACUAUUUCAUCUCAAGGUCAUGUCCGRCAUUGAGCAAUGCCCUGACGCAUGUCGAGGACACCUUGACGACGACGGCGGAACUAUUUGACAAGGCUGCGCAGAUCAUUGUUACGAACAAGGAGGCCAAGAACCUCCGUUCUUCUGCGUCAGGCCCGAGCGGGAACCAGCAUCGGCCACGAGUGGCCGUGGUCGCAGCGGCAGCGCCGUUAGACCAAACCAGCAAGGCUGCGUCUGCCAGUGAAGGAGACAGAUUCGCAGCCGCCCGGGAAGACACAAGACACUGUCAACAGCACCAUCGCUCAUGGAUGGCUUUCAUCGACCAGUUCGACUUCUUUCCCGAUCACAUUCCCGGGAAGUCGAACCGUUUUGCGGAUGCUCUUUCACGGUGUCCGGAUCACUGUACUGUGGUCUACUCUUUCGAGAUUGACGAUGACCUGCGGAACAGCUUCAUCCACGUUUACCAAGACGACCCCGAGUUUCGCGACAAGUACGCGAAUUGCUCCUCGCCUAAUCCGGCUCCUUCUCACUACCGGAUCCAGGAGGGGUACUUGCUUGUCCACACGCGGGGGAAGGACCUUCUUUGCGUACCAAGUGAUCCUCACUUGCGUACACGGCUUCUUGGCGAGUUCCACGACGCUCCCGCCACCGGACAUUUUGGAGUCAAUCGCACGAUUGGCCGACUUCGCCAGCGAUUUUGGUGGCCCGGCCUUAUCGGCAACGUCACGCGCUAUUGCGAGUCAUGCGAGGUUUGCCGACGCUGCAAAUCCCGCAACCAUCGUCCGUACGGCGAGCUACGACCAUUGCCAAUCUUGUUGAGGCGAAGGGAAGCGAUUGCCAUGGACAUCACCGGCCCGUUCCCCAAGCACAAGACCGGAGUGGAUGGGAUUCUCAUGGUUGUCGACCGACUCACCAAGUUCGCCAUGUUUUUGCCUUCUCGCUAUCAUGCCAAGGCACCGGAGUUGGUCGAGGUUCUGUACGCCGGUUGGAUUCGCACCAAGGGUUACCCCAAGGAGAUCGUCUGCGACCGCGACACUCGGUUCAUGUCCGAUUUUUGGUUGGCGCUCAUCAAGCGAUGGGGCUCAUCUCUCAAGCCCAGUUCAGCUCGCCACCCUCAGACCGAUGGCCAGAUGGAGAGGGCGCAUCAGACUGCACAGGUUCUCCUUCGCACUCUCAUCCGCCCCGACCAGAAAGACUGGGUUGAGCGACUACCGGACGUUGAGUUGGCCUACAACUCUCCCAUCCACCCGGCUAUUGGGAUAUCGCCCUUCGAGUUCGAGCACGGCUCGCCGGUCACGUCACCGUUGGACACGAUUACUCCACGCACGGCCGAGAGCGACGACCAUCUUCUUUUCUUGUGUCGGAUGCAAGAGCUUCUUGUCAAGGCACGCGACCAGAUGCCUAAGACGCAACAGCGCAUGCGCCAACAGGCAAAUCGCCAGCGUCUUCCUUGUCCGUUCCGUGCCAGAGACCUCGUCUGGGUUUCAGCAGCGGAAUUCAGCCUUGAACAAGACAUCUCUCGCAAGCUCCUCCCGAAAUGGAUGGGGCCUUGGCCGAUCAUAGAGCCCGCUGGGGACGCACCCGAGGAACCCUCCUUCACGAUUCAGGUGCCUAGCCACUUGCCUGUCUACCCAGUCUUUCAUUGCUCCAAACUGACUCUCUACACGCCAGCGGAUCAUGACGACUUUCCCGGGAGACGGACGCAAGACCCACCUUCUAUGGAUGGUUUUCAGGAGGUCGGCGACAUCAUCUCCCAGCGACGCUUUGGCAACAAGCCAACUGAGUAUUUGGUGCAUUUUGCCUACUGCACACAUCGAGCUGACCGUUGGUUAACCCGUGCGGAACUGCAAGCGACAACUCCAUACGUUCUCGCACGCUACGAACACAAGAUGCAGGGCAAGCCGGUUUCUUCGGCUCCCCGCCUCGCCCGCGUCCAGGUUCCACCUUCAGAUCGACGGCUUCGCCCUCGCCCCGGCUUGACUUCAUAAGGAGGGGGGGUGUUACAUGCAGCGCGUGCACACACGGGCCAUUUUGCAGGCCCGACGGCCAUUUUGCAGGCCCGACAGCGU